UAAACAUAAUCGGGCGUAGCGUAAUGUUUUAGUUACCGGAAAACUACUUUCACUUCUUCCCUCUCAAUUUUCACACAGAACACGCACUGCGCGUGACUCUGUGUGUGUAUAUAGAAUCGGCUAUUCGGUAUUUCCGAUUAAUCGACGACGAUAAUGGAAUUAACUAAUACGGUAGAGUUUACGGCGGUGGAGUCUCCGUUAGAGAUGCUGCUGACGGCGGCGUCGUUGAUACCGAUUACUCUUCCUCUAUUCGGGAUUUCGUUGAUCUUAAUCGUUUUCCUCUACAAAUUUCUCGAGAUUCAUUUCCUGCAAGACCUUUUCUCCGGAUUCAGGGGGCAGCCGGUGGUUUUGACUUUCGAUCCUUGCUCUCAACUCUACCACGACGUCGUUUCCAAGUGUAAAAUUCUUCAUGGAAGGUAUUUAGCAACUCCAUGGUUAUGUAGUCCGCAUCUUCAGACAACUUUUGUUCAUUAUUUUGGAAAUCCUCCGGCUAUCGGUUAUAGAAGACAGAUCUUUGUGACCUCUGAUGGUGGAACUCUAGCUUUAGAUUGGGUCAAGAAUGCUCUAGUUAAGGAUCAAGCCUUUCAAGUUGAUGGUCCUGUGCAGAAAGAUGGCGAAAAUCCCAUCUUAAUUAUUGUUCCUGGAUUGACAAGUGCAUCCGAUUCUGCUUAUGUUAAACAUUUGGCAUUCAUCAUGGCUAAACGAGGAUGGAAUGUUGUUGUAAGCAAUCAUCGGGGACUUGGAGGUGUAUCGAUUACGUCGGACUGCUUCUACAAUGGUGGAUGGACAGAGGAUGUAAGAAAAGUAAUUGACCAUAUUCACUGCCAAUACCCGGGGGCUCCUUUAUAUGUCGUUGGCACUAGCAUAGGUGCUAAUAUUCUGAUCAAAUACCUUGCUGAGGAGGGAAUGGAUGCUCCUCUGGUUGGAGCUGCAGCAAUCUGUUCUCCUUGGGAUCUUUUGAUAUGCGAUAGAUUUAUGAACCGCAAACUCAUACAGAGGCUUUACAAUAAAGCUCUGACUGUUGGCUUGAAAGAAUAUGCCCAUUUGCAUGAGGCUGUUCUUUCUCGAAUUUCAAACUGGGAAGGUAUUCAAAAGUCACGUUCAGUUCGGGACUUUGAUGAUUCAGCAACUCGUGUUCUUGGUAAUUAUGAGACCGUGGAUACGUAUUACAGGCGCUGUAGCAGUGCUAAUUUUGUCGGAAGUGUAAUGGUUCCCCUUCUUUGCAUCAGUGCUUUAGAUGAUCCUAUAUGCACACGCGAAGCAAUUCCGUGGGAUGAAUGCAGGUUAAAUAAAAACGUGGUGUUGGCUACUACAGAACAUGGAGGGCAUUUACCUUUUUUCGAAGGGUUAACUGCAAAAAGUGUCUGGUGGGUAAGGGCUGUGGAUGAAUUUUUCAGUAUUCUGCAAUCCAGCCCCCGGAAAAUAGAGGGAGAUGAAGCCUUGGUAUAGAGUAACUGUUUAGCCAAGUUAAGUAGGAGUGAAUAAGCUCUAAUCAUCCAUCAUUAAUUUUUAUCUAAGUAGUGUCUCACAUUUGUCAUGAUUUGGGUGGUGACUCGCAGAUUUCAGGCCCCUGCGUCAACCCUGUGGAGUCAUCCAUCGAUCAGGCCCCGUACGUGCAUCUCUCCAAAGAGGGCAUGGUGGGUGGAGUGAGCGAUGAAAUACAAGUCGAGCAGCAGGAUCAAAACAAGGGUGGAGAUAAAAUCCAUGUGGAACUCAGUGGUCCACCAAAUACUGAUCAAGGUAUGGCUGCUGUUGUUGCUCCGGUGAUGAAGCGCCUGAAUCAAGUCUCUCGUCAGAAUCGAACUUCUCUGUGGCUGCUUGCCUACAUUGCCAUCCUAACUAGCUGGCCACUUGUGGGUUCUGCUGUAUCUGUUUUCUUGAGAAAAAGAUUUCGAGCUCGUUUUGCCUGAGCUUGAAAUACUUCUAUUUAAAUGUAGUACAUAUGUUUACACCACUUUUGAUGAUGAUGAUCAAGCUUUGCUUAUA